AUGUCAGCUUACGGACAAUGUCGUCUCGUGGUCCUCUGCUCCGGUUCCGGAACGAACCUGCAAGCCAUCAUCAACGCAGUCGCGGACGGCACGGUGCCCCAGAGCAAGAUUGAAAAGGUCAUUGUGAACAGGAAGAACGCCUUUGCUGUCCAGAGGGCGGAGAAGGCGGGCAUCCCGACGCGAUACUUCAACCUUGUUUCGGGAGGGUUCACGGCCAAGGGCGAGAAGGACGAGGCCAAGCUGAAAGAGGGCCGUAACAAGUACGACGCAGCACUGGCCGAGGUCGUCCUGCAAGACAAGCCGGACCUGGUCGUGCUCGCGGGUUGGAUGCACGUUUUUAGCGCUCCCUUUCUGCGGCCGCUCGAUGCCGCUGGCGUCCCUGUUAUCAAUCUUCAUCCGGCACUGCCUGGCCGUUAUGAUGGUGCCAAUGCCAUUGGCAGAGCCUACGAGGACUUCCAGGCCGGCAAGCUUGAGAACAACCAGACGGGUGCGAUGAUUCACUACGUCAUUGAGACUGUAGACCGUGGAGAGCCUAUUCUCAUUGAGGAAGUCGAGAUCCGCUCCGGUGACAGCCUGUCAGACGUUGAAGAACGCAUGCACAGCGUCGAACACGGUCUCAUUGUCAAGGCCACCGCAAAGGUCGUACAGGAGAUCUUGGAGAAGAAGAAUCAUCAUUGA